AGCGUACGAUGAAGCAUCAUCUAAUGUUGAAGAACUAAAUGUGGUAAUUACUGAAGCAACAUCUAAAUUUGAAGAACCAAAUUCAACAUACGGCGAAGCAUCAUCAAAUGUUGAAGAUCUAAAUCCAGCAACAGUUGAAGUAUUACCAAAUGCUAAAGAACUAAAGCUAGAAAAUAUUGAAGCAUCAUCUAAUGUUGAAGAAAUGAAUGCCGCAACUACUGAAGCAACAUCUACAUCUGAAGAACCGAAUUCAGCGUAUGAUGAAGUAUCACCCAAUGCUAAAGAUCUAAAUCUAGCAAUAGUUGAAACAUCACCCAUUGCUAUAGAAUCAAAUCCAGAAAAUCCAGAAGUAUUAUCUAAUGUUGAAGAAUCAAAUCCGGAAAAUACUGAAGCAUCAUCUAAUGUUGAAGAACUAAAUGUCGCAACUACUGAAGCAACAUCAAAAGCUGAAGAAUCUAAUCCAACAUAUGAUGAAGCAUCAACUAAUGCUAAAGAUUUAAAUCCAACAACAGUUGAAACAUUACCAAUUGCUGAAGAACUAAAUCUAGAAAAUACUGAAGCAUCAUCUAAUGCUGAAGAAUCAAAUCCGGAAAAUACUGAAGCAUCAUCUAUGGUUGAAGACCUAAAUGUAGCGACUACUGAAACAACAUCUAAAGCUGAAGAACCAAAUCCAGCAUAUGAUGAAACAUCACCUAAUGCUAAAGAUCUAAAUCCAACGACAGUUGAAGUAUUACCAAUUGCUGAAGAACUAAAUCCAGAAAAUACUGAAGCAUCAUUUAAUGGUGAAUCUCCGAUUGAAGAACUAAAUGUCGCAACUACUGAAGCAACACCUAAAUCGGAAGAACCAAAUCCAACAUAUGAUGAAGCACCACCUAAUGCUAAAGAUCUAAAUCCAACGACAGUUGAAACAUUCCUCAUUGCUGAAAAAUCAAAUCCAGAACAUAAGGAUACAUCACCUAAUACGGAAGAAGUAAAUGCAGCAAAUAAUGGUGUUACUAAUUCAAUCCAUACAACAUCUUAG